AUGAAAGGUAGCACAAAAAUUCCACUCAUGAAAAAAAUGAACCCUCAUGUAUUAACAAAGAAUAACUUAAUAGCUAGUAAAAAUAUGAAUACUAAAAAUGAUCAAAAUUACCUGAAUCCUUCAGAAUAUUCUGAACAGGCAAGAAAUAAUGAUAAUACAAUUUGUGAAAGUGUAUAUGAAAAUGCAUGUUCUCCUGACAAUGAAACAUUUGAUUUUGUUAAUGAAAACUUUAAUGAUGAUUCAAAUGAGGAUAUGUUUCCUUACGAAUCAUAUAUGAAUAAAGAAAAAAAUUAUAAAAAUAAGCAAAUGCUAGAAAGUGAGGAAUUAAUAUUUCAGAAUGAAAUGUUAAGAAAUGUAUUUAAGAGUUCUCAAAAAAUUAAAGAAAUGCAAAGGGAAUUAUUUAAUGUUGAUACAAAAAAUUUUAUCCCAGUAGUAUAUCCUGUGGAAAAUAAGAACGGCGCUUAUUCUAUACCUCGAGAUUAUUCAAAAAAUAUUGAUACAGUCGAAACGAUCGACAUGGUUCAUAAUAAUGAUAAAGCACAUUGUGCAGUGAAAAAUAAGAAAUGUCCAAAUGAUAAUAGUGCUGAUGUACAAAAUAAUGAAAAAAAUAAUAAUUUAUAUGAUAAAUAUGAAGGUAAGAUAACGAUAAAAAAGGAUAAUACACAACAAUAUAAUAUAAAAAGUAAUAAAAAUAAAGAAUCCAUUUUAAAAUCUAAAUUGGAUUCACAUGCAUCAAGAAUAGGAGAAAUAAAAGUUAACAUUGAUGAUAUAAAAACGGGCCUGUUAUCUUAUUAUUCAAAUGUAUUUUCAUUAGAUGAAUAUGAUAUAGAGGAUAGGAUAAAUAUUUUAAGAUAUGGUGAAAAAACAAAAAAUACAUCUGAUUUGAAUAAUAUAAAAUAUUCGUAUGAGAUGAACGAUAUACCUAUAAAACCAUCAUAUUUUUAUGACAAUAGUAAAUUACAUAAUUCUUCUUAUACAUCUUAUGAAAAAAAAUAUAUACCCAAUGAUUAUUACUAUAAGGAUAAUGAAAUAGGAAAUUAUGAUCAUUUAAAAGGUAGCAAAUCAAUAGAUACCUAUAAUAAUCAAGAUAUUAAAAAUUCUUUAUAUGAAAACAUGAGUAAAUCUGUAAACAAAUAUGAUCAUUAUGGACAAAUUGCAGAACUUUUAACUAGUUUAAAAAAUAAAUGUGAUGAUGCCAAUUUUAAAGUUCAAGAUUUGUCUUCGAGGUUUUGUAAGUACGAAAACCCCGACAACCGUUUUUGGGUUCACAAUCUCGUACCAGAGCAUUUAAGAAAACCAGCCUUAUAUAAAGAUGAUGAUCUUAGAAAGCAUUUAGUCGUCACGUACUCUCAGCUAUUCAAUGAAGCUAUGUUAAAUAAAAAAAAGAUCGAAGCUUUAGAAAAAAAACUACAUAUUUUAAAAUUAAGAGUAAAAUGUUUUAAAAAUGGAUAUAAAAUGGAAACAAGGAAUGCAUUAUGA